AAUUUCAAAGGACUCCAGCGUAUGCUAGUAAAGGCUCUCUCCGCUCUCUUACUCCAUUUUCAAAAUCCAUCGAUUACUCACCGAAAACGAAUCUCCCGCUCUCAAUUAGGCAUUUAACGGUGCAUCUUCUGCCAUUUACGUGAUUGUUACUUCACCAUGCCGAAUCAUCAUGUCAAUCAGUUUGUGGGAACCGAAACGACCUGUGGAUCUCUGCUAUAUGAACUUCAGAAAAUAUGGGAUGAAGUUGGAGAGCCUGAUGUUGAAAGGGAUCAGACAUUAAUGGAGAUUGAACAUGAGUGCUUGGCAGUAUAUGGGAGAAAAAUAGACGAGGCAAAAACUUCUAGAGCUCAACUUCAGAGAGCAAUUGCUCUUUCUGAAUCUGAAAUUGCUGAUAUAUGUUCUUCACUGGGAGAGCAACCUGUGAAUUGUGAUCGAAAGGCUGGUGGAAAUUUGAAGGAAAAACUUAAAAUCAUUAUUCCACAAUUGGAGGAUGUGCGCAAGAGGAAGACAGAGAGAAAGAGUCAAUUUGCUGAAGUGUUAAAUAAGUUACAGGAAAUAUCAAACCAGAUUUAUACACAAGAUAAUAUGUAUAAGAUUGUUAUGGAUGAGACUGAUUUAUCUGUGAAAAGACUAGAAGGAUUACACAUGCAGUUAGUUGAUCUUCAAAUUGAAAAGAGAAACCGUUUGAAGAAGGUAGCGGACCUCCUCAGCAAUUUAAAUUCUUUAUGUUUGGUACUUGGUGUAGAUUUCAAGGACACCAUUUGUAAAAUUCACCCCACGUUAGAUGAUUCCAACGCAACAAAAGAUGUAACUAACUCUACGAUUGAGAAGCUGACAAUGAAAAUUCGAAGUUUUCAAGAGGUCAAGAUACAGAGAGCACAGAAGCUUCAAGAUCUUGCAACAUCCUUGUUGGAGUUAUGGAGUUUGAUGGAUACACCUGUAGGGGAGCAACAGAUGUUUCAACAUGUCACCAAAAAUAUUGCUGCUUCAGAACAUGAAAUUACUGAGCCUAACAUGCUUUCCGUGAAGAACAUUAAAUAUGUUGAGGGCGAAGUAUCUAGGCUGGAGCAGCUCAAAUCGAGUAAAAUGAAAGAGCUUGUUUUAAAAAGGAGGUUUGAACUAGAGGAGAUAUGCAAGAAGAUGCACAUGACCACGGAAGUGCUUGAUGAUUACUCAAUUAAAGCUAUAGAGUCAGGCUCUGUGGACCCAGUUUACCUGUUGGAACAACUUGAACUCCAAAUUGACAAAGUUAAAGCGGAAGCUUUUAGCCGGAAAGAAAUACUAGAGAAGGUUGAGAAGUGGUUUGCUGCGCGUGAAGAAGAAUGCUGGUUGGAAGAGUACAACAGGGAUGAUAAUCGUUACAAUGCCGGAAGAGGUUCACAUCUUACCUUGAAACGUGCUGAGAAAGCUCGUGCACUGGUUAACAAAAUCCCUGCGAUGGUGGAAUCAUUGACUUCAAAAAUCACAGCUUGGGAGAAGGAAAGAGGCGCUGAAUUCUUAUAUGAUGGUGUACGACUUCUUUCUAUGCUUGAGGAGUACACUGACCUGAGGCAAGAGAAGGAGCAGGAAAGGCAAAGACAGAGAGAUCAAAAGAGACUUAAGGGACAAGCGAUAACAGAGAAGGAAGCAAUUUAUGGGUCUAAACUCAGUCCAUCAAAGAGUGGAAAGAAGGCUUCCAGAACUUUAUCAGGAGCAACAAGUAAUAGGAAACUCUCCCUUGGUGGGGAGAUGCUUCACAACUUAAAAUCUGAAAAGGCUUCUGUUCGUGUGCAUUCAAAUAAGAAGUUUGAGUGUUUGAAUAGGAACAGUCCCCAAAUAAAUCACCAGCAAUCUGGAAGUUUUGCAACCUGUUCUGGUAGGAGAACUUCCGAGAUUGCUGGUGAUUUAGUAAAGAAGCGCCCCUCGGGUGCUGCAAAGGCACGUGAAGUUGAGUCACAGUUGGUCCGAAAGCCCCUCUCUCCUAUCUCUUUGGCUAUUUCCUCUAAGGCCAACAUCGCAAAUUUCUUGGAAGAUCAGAAACGAACACAGAACGAGACACUACAAAAACCACUUGCUGGUAGCAAUACUGCGGUGGUGACACCUUCCAAGUCAACUUUCGUUGGCAACGAAGAGAACAAAACACCAAGGACUAUCCCAAUUCCGGAGCCAAAAACUCCUUCAACAGUAACUAUUCCUAUGCUUAUGGCCAUGACACCAGCCACACCUUCUGUUUCUUUUGGUGCUAAAGCAGUCAAAAAGAUGGUAGAAAAUGUUGAAUACUCGUUCGAAGAGGUGAGAGCUGGUUUUCUUUGCCAUUAAUUAAACCAGCUUUCUUUUGAAUCUUAUUGUGUUGUGAAGAAAGUCGUCAAUUCUUAUUGGCUUUUAAUUUUCUAAUCUACUAAAGCACAACUUAUUUAGUGCCGUGAUGCUUGAACAGUGAAAAGAUUGAUUCUAUGUUGUUCCGAAAGUUAACAUUUCCUACUGAAGGAAAUUAUACAUGUUGGCUUGGUUUCAUUUUAUCAAACCUUAUA